AUGAAGCAACCUUUUAUUCGUCUGCAGUUGUUUCCUCAUUCCGACGUUCCCCUACAUCAACAGACUUCCCGCAACAAACCUUUUCUGUUCAACCCUGUAGAGCAUGACAUUGUGCUUGGAACUGUUCUUCGAGUCGGGAGGAAAGUCGACAGAAGCUACAAUGCUGCAAGUGGUGCUUCUCCUGCUACUAGAGACUCAAAACCUACUACUAGGGAGCAGAGAGCUGCAAACAAUGUCUCACUAUCCAGUGAUCCGUUGCAAGCUGGUUUCGUUGUUACCCCUGCUGUCGCUUCAAAUCCAGCUACUGUAUCUCCGGACCCUGCGUCUCCCACUCGUCUUCAAUCUGAUUCAUCGUCUGUGCAACAGGACAGCACUGCCAAUUCCCUUUAUGUAGCAUUCCGUAGUAAAGUUGUUAGUCGUACUCAUGCUGAGAUUUGGGUGGGCAGAGAUGGCCAGAUAUACCUCAAGGAUAUUGGUAGCUCAUCUGGCACCUUUCUGAAUCGACUGAGACUCUCUCCAAGUGGAAAAGAAAGUAGACCCUAUUUGCUUAAAUCUGGAGAUGUCAUUCAGCUCGGUGUGGAUUACCAAGGCCGAUCCGAAGAAAUAUACAAGGCCGUUAUCAUAAAGGUGUUUAUUACAAUGAAAAAUGGGCUACAGACUCGUGCUAGUCCACAAAGACUUCGAACCGCUCUUUCAUCUCUGAUUUCUGCAAUGAACCCCAAUAAUACAGAUCACGACACUCCAACUAGACCAACAGAUUGCUGUAUUUGUCUUGGUCCCAUGGCUCCUCUACAGGCUCUUUUUCUCUCCCCUUGCUCGCACUGCUUCCAUUACAAGUGCGUAACUCCGCUUUUAGGAACUGGCUACAUGUUUCAGUGUCCCAUGUGUCGACAAGUCGCUAAUCUGGAUGCCAGCACUGCUACAGAAAUGGACGACGCUUCAAUUAUUAUUGAACACGAGCAACACCUGAUACAUGGGCUGUCUGAAUCAACUAGCGAUGCCUUUGCAAUAAAUAGUACCAGCGACUUGACAUCCAACAUGUACGCUGCACCGAGUUCAUCGUCAGUAAUAGAUCAUGAAGGCACCAGUUCAUCCAACCAUGUCGUUGGCUUGGCUGAGGAUAAUACCGAAUUGGAGGUUGGGUCGCCAACCUCGGUUCAUGCUAGCCAUACUCUAGCUAGAAAACCUAAAUCUGUCAUUGCCGCAAUUUCCAGAAGCGAUUCUGAAUUCACGCAUGUUGCUACUGACGGACCUUCUACUUUAUCAAACUCUGCAAACAGAGCAUCCAAUGGCGAUUCUUCAUCCCAAGAUACUAGUCCAAACGGCGCUUCUGAAGCCACCAUGCCCAUGACUAUUCCUACUCGUACUACUCUGAAUCAUCUCGGCCACUUGCCAGAAAGAUUUGAUGCCAUGUCUGCCACAACACCCCCAAACAAUACCAUGUCAGUUCCACUAUCAACAAACGUUUCCACAUCAGGAUCUGAACCCGCUACAGCCUUACGGCAGGCUCACCCCAAUUCGACAAACCCACUUCCAGCCUCAUUCUCCAACCUUUCCAGUGCGCUUGCACGCGGAGAUCGUUCUGCUGCUAAUGUUGCCAUCGACACGUAUGGCAAAGCUUUGGCAGAUUUGCUAGGUGAAACUCACAACACAUUAUCUAACGAGGAUCUCAAGGCACUUAAAGAGCGUCUUAUUCAAUCCUUGUUGCCUCGACAACACGAAUAAGACUUUUCUAUUUUUUGUUCGACUGUACACGUUAAUACAUUUAUUUGUCUUUUAAAGAGGGUUUUGCAUGGUCGUUUUGAUUUACAGCCGUAUUCACGUAAAAUGAAACACUUUUCUGUAGUUAUCUUGCAGACUUUAUUUUCCUCUGAAAUAAACAAUGGUUAAAUAUUCGUUGCUAUUG